AUGAAUUACAAAGUGGAGCAGCUCCAAAAUUACAAAUUCAACAAAAUCAAUGACAGAUUCAAUGAUGAAUCACAAACGGGUAUAGACAAGAGCAAAUGGAUUGUCAAUCUCUCCAACAGACAACUCACGACAGAAGAAACAAACCUUCUAUCAAAAGGAAUGAAUUUCUGUAUGACACCAGCUUCAAUUCCAAAGAAGGAAAUAGUUGCGAAAGUGGAAGAGGCAAUUAAAGAUCUACCAAAAGAAGAGGCAGACACAGUAAGAGCUAAAGUAAGCCUCACGCUACAGAAAAGCAAAACACCAAAGGACAAUUUGCAAAAAUCUGAAAGAUUGUCAUUGAAGAAUCUAAAGAAGGACAAAGAUAUCAUAAUCCUACCGGCAGACAGGGGGAGAACAACGGUUAUCAUGAAUACACCUGACUACAUCGACAAGUGCAACGAACACAUCAACAACGGGCCUUACAAACUUCUCAAGAAAGAUCCUACAGAAGUUAUCAAACGAGAAGCGAGGAACAUCUUAAUGGAGUUGAAGAGAAAGGAAUACAUCGACGAUAAGCAGUAUUACCGACUGAAACCUUGUGACGGACCACCACUGCGAUUUUACGGACUACCAAAAAUCAUAAACAGGGAAAUCCAAUUCGACCAAUAG